AUGCGCUGGAAGAACGCGCCGCUGCAUAGGGCAGUGGAGAUGCCAAGCUGGCGGGACAAGCUCGUGAUAAUGGCGGUGGAGUGCUUGGUGUACGAAGCCGUUUGUUAUCUACCAGACCCGGCGCCAGUGCACAUUUCCGUGCCAAGGGAGCUGAUCCGCAUGAGGUGGCAGAGGGAGGACUUCUUGCAUCUAGAAAUGAGCGUGCGAGCAAAGACAACUGUCCGCUCACUGCACCGCCAAGCGAACAUGCUGAUGCGCUACAUUUCACUCGGCACACGCGGCGAACGCAGCAACCGCAGGCCUUCUCUCGUGUUCCGCUGCUUUGAGCGUUGCGGUCCCGGUACAGCCGACGGCCGCUGA